CUCAGGUGGAACAAAUUCAAAUAGAAGUUACCGAUCCAAAUACUUCUCUCAAUGUUCGUAUUCCGGAUGGAAACUCGGAGGAUGAGGAAGAAAAAGCUAGAUAUCAAUUGUUCUUGACAUUACCUGAGGAUUUCCAAGACGCCUUAAAAACCGGCGAAUUAACAAAGAUUAAUAAGGUCUUAGGCGAAAUGACAGUAGAAGAAGCGGAACGUGUUUUAGACAUAUGUGGAAAAGCAGGUGUCUUGUCACUUGAAGGUGGUAUUAUCGAUGCCACUCAAGGUCAGACUAUUCCCGGGCAAGUUAUCGAUAAAGAUGAAUAA